AACUGAUCUGGCCAUUUUCAGCUGCUGUUUGAUUUGAAUUGUUGGUUUUACCUUACUCUUUCUGAUCUUUCUAUAGCCUGGGGGUUCCACAGGGCAGGUCGCCGGAUCUGAGUUUUCCACUUUGUGCACUUCACCUCUUGGUAGUGGUAAUGAGCACCUCACUGUUUGCUGUGAUCACCUUUUUUGCAGUAUCUGUGUUGUGUGUGCGGUUGAGUAUCUUCCUAGGUGUGUGUAGGUAGGCAUAGGAAACCCAGAGCACGUUUGGUGUCAGCCUCACCUUUCCAGGGCAGAUAUAUUUGUAAGACUGGUUUGAACUGUGGAAUCUGAAAUGGCCCAAAUGUUCCAUCGGGAGAAGAGCAUUCAGCUAAAGAGCAGCGCUUCAGCCCUCUACAACAACCUGAGUGUGUUGCGUUUGGCACCACGUUCCCUCACACAUUUUGCUGUUGUGCACGUCAAUGUUGUGAACCUCGUGAGCGCCUCCUGGGAUGGGCUCAACUACUCGCACCGACAGCUGCAGUCCAAAGAGGGCAGCGUCGCCACCAACUCUUCACUCAUCAUCCAGGCAGCUUGGUGUGUUCUUCCAUCUAGAGAUCUCCUUGUUGUCACAUCUCAGAAAGGGAUUCAGAUGUACGAGUCUGAUGGCUCUAUUAUGGUGUACUGGCAUGCACUGGACAUACCGGAGACAUCUACAGAUAAGGCCGUUUUUGCACGAGGGAUUGCUGCUGUGAGGGACAAAUACAUCUGUGUAGGGGUCUACUCUGGGGCAGUGCUGGUGUUCGAUGUUCCCAGUAAAGGGAGUAACAUUACAUUGUCUGAGGUUCUGGAGGAACACACUGACUCGGUCACGGAUAUGGCGUCUGAGUGCUCAGGCAGUACGGAGUACACGGCUGAUUUGGUGAGUGCUGAUGACUCUGGCCUUCUGUGUGUGUGGAAGUCUGGGGGGGACUUCCAACUUCUCAACAAGAUCCCUGGAUUUGAUAUGAGUUGCUCAUCGGUGAAGCUGUGGAAAGGCACGGUUAUAGCUGCCUAUGGCACGGGCCAAAUCCGUCUCUACGAAGGCAUCACUGGGAUCCUGCAUGCUGAGGUUAAUGCUCAUGCUCGCUGGAUCUACUCCCUUGAUAUUGCUCCUUUCCCUGGAUUGCUGCUCUCAGCUGCUGAGGACUCCUUCGUUCGUGUGUGGCAUUUAAGCCCAGCCCUGGAAAACAACACUGUAGAGAUUGAGCACCUUUACAACGAAUGCGUGACCGACACUCAGAUUUGCGGCGCAAAGUUCUGCGAUGGUGAUGGCCAUGCCUUUGCUGUCACAGGCUAUGACCUAAGUGAGAUCAUCCGCUACACACAAGCAUAAAUGAUUCUUAUGCUCCAAUGGAACUUUUACAAAAGGCACAGCACUCUGCUGGUCCAGUUUAUUUGUUCGUUUGGGAGUUGGCACACUAUGGGAACAGUGCGGCUGACUAGACAGACUGUCAGCAGUGUCUCGUGUUGUCUGUACAGUAUUGUAAGCUGAGCAUCAGUUCUACACAGGCCUGUGAAUGCCAUCGCUUUGCUCUUAAUGCAGCUAUUUGGUCUAACUCAGUAUUGUCUGAACUUGUUUGAGUGUAACUUUUUUUUUUUUUUUUUUUAUGUAAAGGAUUAGCCAAACUUGUUUCAGAGCAGUAAGCUCUCUUCUCUAUAAGAGAACACUGUGGCAUGAACUGUUAAGUGCAAAAGUGUAUACGUCUUCAACCUGAAGAAAACAGAGGAACAUGAUUUAACAGGUUCCGUAGAUGUGCAGAUGUUCUUUGUUACCACAAUGAAUCAAAACUGUCAAAGUGGAUGUUCACAUAUUACUAGCAAAAUAAAGGAUUUUGUUUGCAUCUCC